AACACUUGAGUUAUCGCUCGCCUCGCCGUUGCCCGAAAGCUGACGUCAGUGAUUUUAGUAUUUUACAUUCGCGAAUGGAAAUAGUUUUCUAAAAUUUAUACAAUUAAACAGUAUCUUCAAGACGACGCGUUGAUAACCGAUACGUUAAAAAAUGGCAUCAGCGCCCGAAACAAAAUUGCCAGAAACCGACAGCUCAGACGCGGGUUCUAGUUUCUUUGAUGACUUUUGCAUUCCCGUAAAUUUGGUUAUAACUGCAAUUAUCAUAAUAUUGGUGUAUAAAAUAUAUGCAAAGUUUACAAAGGUGCCUGCUGAAAGCCCGGCGCUGGAGUUGCCAAAAAUUCGUAAGGAUAUGACAGUUGCUGAACUUCGUCAAUAUGAUGGUAACCAGCCUGACGGCAGGGUGCUGGUGGCAGUCAACGGGUGGAUAUUCGACGUGACGCGAGGGCGUAGAUUCUACGGGCCCGGUGGGCCCUAUGCAGCGUUUGGAGGGAAGGAUGCAUCGAGAGGUUUAGCUACAUUCUCAGUGACAUCAUCAGACAAGGAAUACGAUGACCUUAGUGACCUUAACUCAAUGGAAAUGGAAUCUGUGAAGGAGUGGGAGGCACAGUUCAGAGAGAAAUACGACCUGGUGGGGCGGUUAUUGAAACCGGGUGAGGAGCCUAUAAACUAUUCAGAUGAAGAACCAGAUGAGACUGACACCUCGACGCCUACACCUGUCGAAGAUAAGAAGGAGCAAUAGAUACUGGUACAAUAUACUCGAACCAAAUUGUUUGAAGCAGUCAAAUAUUGGUAAGGAUUAUUGAGAGAUAUGUGUGCUUAGACAAGGAAUUAAAACUAGAAUAUAGUUUAAAAAAUAUAUUACUGUAUGCAACAAUAUGAAUAUUAUUCUGUACCCUUAGUACGAGUUUGCUUUACGUUUAAAAUAAUUGAAACGAGGGUUCGGCGCUCUGAUUGGCAGGCUCGAAAAAACUAACCAAUCAGAGCGAUUUAAACGUAAAGCAAACUCGUACUAAGGUUACUGAAUUAUCGUAAUUGGCAUUGUAGUAAAACAUUAACGGUUCGAUAAAAUACAAGUUAAGUGUUUGUAAACAUCACAUUAAAGUUUAACAUUAAACAGAACUCAUGUAAAGUUUACUUAUAAUAUCAUUGUUAUGUACGCUAUCACACCUUACAAUUAAACUGUGCAGAUUUAACUGUACAGCCCGACUGUACAUUUAAAUCCUAGAUGUGUAUUAAGCAAGCAGUUGUACUGUGUAGUUUUAAUUGAAUCGAAUCAAGAAUAAAUAAAACUGCACCCUUAGCUGCGGCGCUCGGUGGCGCUCUGAUUGGUCGGCUCGAAUAAACCAACCAAUCAGAGUGCUGAACGCGCUCUCGUUUCCAUUACUUUAAACGUAAAGCAAACUCGUACUAAGGGUACUGUACAAUUAAAACUGCACAGUAAAUCGUUAGGUGUGUAAGCUGUAUGGGGGAGGUGUGUAGCGUGCAUUAAUAGUCAAGUAAGUUAUGUACGCUAAAGUUAGUUCCAAUUUAUGCAUCAUAUUGAUGCUGCGUCCAAAAUGUAUACAAAAUAAUCCCGUGUCUAUACAUGCGUAUCCUUCAGUAAUCUUGUUGUAAAUUAUUAAACUAUAAUGUAAUGUUGUACAAAUUUUUAAUUUGCUUAAUAUUUGAUUGCUAACAAACAAUUUGGAUGAAACAAUGAAGCUGCGCAUUUUAGUUCUUUAAUGUAAAUUGAAGUGACCGCAUAUAUGUAAUAUUUAUUUAUGCUUAGUGAUUGUACACUGUGAUCGUAUUGACUCCGUAUAUAUUUACUUAAUGUUUCUUUCUCUUUAUGAAAAGUCGUAAAGAAUUAAAAAUCGUGGCUUCGAUCACAAAUCAAACGCUCCUAGGGGAAAGAGUACGUGAUUUUCCUGUAUAUAUGAAAUCUAUUGUAUCAUUUUCACUGUUUUAACUGUUGCUUAUUGCGGAUUUUUGAAUAUAUUAUUAUAUAUUUACAGUUUCACUAAUUGAAAGACUGAGUGAUGGCAUAUUAAUUUAAAUGAAUGAUGUAAAGAGAAUCUAAUCAUUUGUUGCACAUUCCCAACAUUAUUUGGACAUUAAAAUCGUUUUGUUUUGUGCCAACCGAUGUUGAAGUCUGCGCGGACGCGGAUAUGCCAUUAGUAUUUAAAUUAAUAUUAUUGUCGCGGCCACGUUGUGUGGCGACAAUUUAUUUGUUUUACGAGUUGAUAAAUUUAUUAUUACAUGUCAAUCUUAAAUAAGUUUUAUUACCAAACGGUGCAAGUCAAUAUGAAGGCACCUUGCAGUUGAAUAAACUGUAAUAUAUUUUCCAUGCCAGAACUGUAACCAUCGUGGAACAUGAAAUUGAGAUGUAAAUAAAUCGACUUACAACAAAAAUUCUAAAUUUUAAAUAAUACGUUUUGUCCUAAUUUAUACUCUUAUGAUUAUUUGUAUUGAUUGUGCAUUUAUAUUGUUUGUAACGAGCGUGUAGUUGACUGUCCUACGACUAAACAACGCCGGCGAGGCAGUGUUAGUUAUUUUAAAAUAUCUGUCAGUAAAUCUGGCUUCAUUUUAAAUUAUACUUAAUUUUGUAAUGCAUUGGCCUGAGUAGCGUUCAAUAGUUUUCGGAGAAUCACAAUAACAACGAAUGCGAUCCUUACUGGACCCCACCUGAUAUUCGGUACUUAUUAGUAACACGUUAAUUAUUAUGUGUAUAGCAAGCGAUGAAAAAAAAUACAAAAAAUAAAUAAGGAAAUGUGCAUAAUACGUGUAAUUAAGGAUCUAAAUAAAUGGAAUACUUAUUUGUGGUAAAAUGACGUGUGCGUGUGGUAAAUAGUUCGUUCCUUUAGUGUCGACAGCGAUGCGAUAUUUCAGGCAACAUCAUUUCAUUUUUUUAAACUACAGCUUUCUAUUUUCCUUUAACUGUAUCAUCCUAAACAUGUUAUAAAUUCUAUUCUACUCAAGUACAAAUUAUAUUAUGAUUUGCCUCAAAUAUCUUUUUCGCUCGUAAAUUAUUUUUGUUGUAAUCAUACUUGUUCAUUGUUUUUUUAUUAGUUUGUUUUAGUUUUUUUUUGUAAGAACAUUGGUGUAUGAACUAUAUUGGAAUGGGAUUAUGGUAAUUAUUGUUAUAUCUGUAUGUUUAAAAAUGCUUUGGAUUAUGUAAAUGUGUAAUAAUUGGAUGUAAAGUGAGGCUUAUAUUGCUUUGCCAAAGAUAUUAGAGUACGUCAUUAACAAGCUUUCAUUAUUAACACUUUGGAAUAUUUUUUGUAAUGAGGAUUUAGAUUUUACGCAAAUAUUCAAUUGGGCAAAAGACCCAAAGCUACACUAGCGCCUCUUGUGUCGCGAAAUUCCUCAUUGAAAUUAAUGUAGUAUUAAAGCACACACAGCACGCGUCAGUAACGCUUAGAGCUGUGCUAAUCAUGCGGAUUAACUUAAAAUUAACAUUGUCAAUUAUUCCAAAGCAUUUUUAAAAAACAUUUCGUUUUAAAAUAUGCAGUAGUAUAAUGAAAUUUUUGCUACUUAAAUCCGAACAAGCUUUAUCUGUUUUGUUAAGCCUUCAUUUGUAUUGGAAGCUUUAUGUACUGAAAAUGGAUAUGAGAUUGCAUUUAAGAUGUUAUGACUAUAUGGAGAAAUAUAUUUGUAUAAGGGACUGUUGGUAAAUCUUUUAAUAAAUGUAUAUUUUUGUAAAAAAAUCGUCGAUAUGAAGACAUCUAGAGAAAACUGUAAUUCAAUGAAAUAGCGCCGAGCACAUAGAAGUGCCAUGUAUAUUUAUUAAAGCAUUAUAUUUUACUGUAUUGAAUAAUAGUUAUUAUUUGGUUUAUGAACAGUCUCAUAGGGUUAGAGUCUAAAUUACGAACUGCCUUUAGGCCUAACAAGACUUGGGCCGUUGCUACCAACAUUUACACUGUAUUGCAUGCUAUGAUCUCAUGAAGACCGCCUUCAAUUGCUCGACCCGUAAUAGCUGAUAGCAACGUUUCAAAUAAGACGUCUGUAGGCCUUAUUAUAAGAAUUAUGAACAUGUCUAUAACAAAUGAAUUUGGGGAAUCCGUCGUUUUAAAUUUGAUCCCAAAUGUUUGUAUAGAGAGUAUAGAUAUCGGAACUAUAUUGGAAGAUGUAAAGGUAUAGAGUAUCGUUUCGUGUAUAGUUUUGAAAUCUUUGUGUCGGUGGAAGUUAUUCCUAUAUCGUGUACUGUAAAAUGUGGAGUUUAUUGGUAUAUAGCACCGCAAGAUGUUACUAAUUACUAAAUACCUAAAAUGUUUAUUUUAACAUUGUCACAUGAAUUUAAUUAAAGCGUUUUACAUA